AUGUCGUUUCAAGCAAUCGUUAUACGGCACAGUGGUCAGUGGAAAUUAACCGAGUAUGAAGGCGGCGAUGAGUUUGUCGUGUACGUGUCUGAGGAAGAGCUUUGUCAUGCGAAGUUGAUGCAAGAGUUGCACGAUCAAUUAAACGAGGAUGGACGAUCCGCUUAUAUGCUUUUCUACAUAUCGACCACGGACGAAGGGCGAAAAAUAAAAGUGGCUUUGAAGGCCGAUUCAGAUUUGAACCGGCUGAUUUCCGAGCAGAAGAAAUAUCCUGUUGUUUACGUGAUCGAGAAGGGCAAACAAUCUGCGGCUCCGGCUCCGGUUCCUCAGAAUCAGGAGCGGGAAGCGUGGAGACAGACAGGGCCUCAGAAUUUCACAUCGGAUGAUCAGCCCGAUGUCGAGCCUCGUGUUGGAGUUCAGCAGCUUGAGGCACGUGACUGGGGGAUUCCAGUCCUCGAUUUUGAUGAUGCGCCGGCAUUAGGUUGGGAGGAUUCAAACGUAUUGGAGAGCGGGAUAUUAUCAGUGGGGGCUCUAUUCCGGUCGAAGGAUGAUUUGGCGAUCGCUGUUGGCCUGUACCAUAUGGAGAAUCACGUGGAGUACGCCGUGGAGCGUUCCAGUACGACCCGUUUGUGGUUUGUUUGCAAGCAUGGCAACGAUUGUCCGUUCAUGCUGCGAGCCGUUCAGUGUGCAUCGAUCUGGAGAGUGAUCAAGGUGGUGAUGGAUCAUACCUGCCACACGGAUUUGAAUCGAACUGCCCCGAGACAGAUUCCAGCGAGGGUUGUUGGAAUAUAUUUUACACGGAAAUUGGUAGGCGAGGGGGUCGUUUUGAAGCCGAAGGAGAUGAUGUCAGAGAUGCAGCGCUUAUUCGGUAUUGAGAUCAAUUACAGCUUCGCUCUCCGUGCAAGAAACAUCACGAUUGAGAUGACGUAUGGUGAUUUUGGGAACUCGUAUCAGAUGCUCCCAUCGUAUUUGUAUAUGCUGAGAAUGAGUAAUCCCGGCACAUUAUAUGACCUUGAGAUGAAGGAUGAUGGCAAGUUCCAUCAUAUGUUUGUUGCACUUGGACAGAGCGUGGCUGCCUUUGAGAAGGGUUACUUGAGGCCGGUCAUCGUCGUAGACGGGACCCAUUUGAAGGGAAGGAACGGCGGUAUUUUGUUCGUCGCUGUUACAAAGGAUGGGAACGAAGCAAUAUUUUCUCUCGCAGUUGGGCUUGGUACAAAGGAUGGGAACGAAGCAAUAUUUCCCCUGGGGAUCCUCUGGAUGCAGCAUACCAUACUCUCUGUAUAG